CCCGCAGGUAAGCGUAAGAGAGAUUGCCUAUAUUAUAUUUAUAUCUUCCAAAAUAAACAAUUAAAGGAGUACAAUUCUGAGCAUGCUCCUGGCUAGGAUUUAAAGCGCCUUCCUACGCUCCUUGGACUGCAUUUCCCAGAAGUAGCUGGACUUUUUGAAUUUCCCCCGAGGGAGAGGGGAAAAAAAAAUUGUGCCUGCAGUUGGAGCUGUCAUUCCGCUCCUUUUCUUCGGGCUCGGGACAAGAAAGGCUAGGUGUGAAGACAAGAAUUGGAAAGAUGACCAGAGGAAAACUUACCUUAUGGAGUUGCUGCAAGAUGAUGCUCACCUCAUCCUUGGGCAUCAUUGUGUUGCUCUCUCUCAUACACGUGUGUGUAUCCAGUGCCCAAUACCACCAGAGUUCAUUUUGGCAAAAGAAGUGUGUGGAACCUGACUUUUUAUCCGAAGUGACUCAUACUGUAAGGAAGACACUGGAGAAUUUGAUUGGCAAACAGAACUUUCUGAUGCUGAAUGAGAACAUCUCUUCCCUGUUUUGGUUGGUUUCCUCUGGAAUCUCAUCAGCCUUACUUGUCGUGGCUCAAAUUGCAGAGCAGUUUCUUACAUCCUUUGGAAUGGCUGGAGAUGAAUUAACUCAGUUUCUGAAGCUGAGCCCUGAUGAGGUGCAGAUGCUGCUGCUCUGGAGCCUGGCUGCCCUGAUCAGCUAUUGGGUGCUCUCGCUGCUCUUGAGUCUGUUGCUCGCUAUUUUGAGCCGCAUCAUGUGGGGCCUCAAGUGUGUUCUCUUCGGAUGCUGCUUUGUAUUUGUUGUGUUUACUGUGUCUGACCUUUCAGUACAGGUUUCGCUUCUGUUGGCCUUGCUCACUAUUUAUGUCUUGCUGGGUUGGCUGUGUGCGUCCCAUCGCUCUGGCGCAGAGCUGGAAGCUAGAUUGUACAGGUUGGAGCGCCAACUGGAGAAACUGCAGCACCAGCAGAGGCAGAAUCCCAGACACCCGAAAGAAUACGUUUCAGGCAGGGGGCUUACCAUGUUUACACAUCUUCCCUAAGAUGCAACUACGUUUCCCCUUUUCUUUAUCCCUUACAUGACUUCUUUUCAGGCUGUGGAUGUGCCUGGGUAUCUUUUUACCCAGUACUAUUUAGGAGCAUGGAAGUCCUCCCUAAGAAGAUGAUUGCACCUGACAUCCUAUUGCUUCUCAGCUGGUAGUAACAUGUUGAAAAUCUCCUCUACUUUUGUCUUCAGUUAUUUUCCAUGCCGCUUUUUAGACCCCGUCUUCCCCAGUUUUUCAUUUGACUCGUGGCAGCCUGUUUGCUUCUUUAAAGGCAAUGGGCCUGCUAAUGAAAAAUGCUGAUUUCUUAAAAGCAAAGGAUUUCAUGUCUGGGGAUAAGAGAACGGGAAUUUGCACAGUUCACACAGGGGUCCUUGGGCAUGACUAUCCCAUCCCAAGCUAGCAUGCUUGUAUUUAUAAAGCUCAGUGCCUUUGUGAAAGUUAAGAAUGAUUGCUGUGUUUGUGAUGAUCCUCACAGCAGAUCAGGACCUUGUGCAUGUUGAAGUUGUUUUAAUACUCUCAUGCCAAAGAUGCCUUUUAAAAGCAAGGUUUCACCAUUUUCUUAUGCAUGCCACUUCUAUGUGAGAAAAUUUAAAGAGGGUUAUGACAAGUGGUAUUCACCUGCUGACCCGAAUAGAGCUAAGCCAUAGGCAAGCAACCAAGGGAAUGUACACAGGCCUUCCCUCCAGACUGAAUUUAUGCUGCAAGCAAGCGGAACCAUAAAUCCAGACUCAAGACUUCUUUGUUUGGGAACAGAGGCCUGUUGCUUUGUGCUGUUAGUUGCAUAUUGUUUGC